AUCAAAUUAAUUACCCCCAACAUACACCCUACAUUAAAUUACCCAAUCUGAACCGACAUACCAUCAAACAAGUAUGAGUAUCGUCAUAUCUCCCGAACCCCUACCCGUGAGUCAUAUGCUAUAAAAAAUAAAUACCAAAUACUAAAAAUGAGAUUACCCAAUGUGGCAUUAAAGAAACCCCAACCUGGCAGUAAAAUACAAUUAUGGUGCUGUAGACAACAGAAGUGGUCGAAGUGGCUGACGUAAAGAACUAAAAUGUUGACCACUGACUGAACUGAACCUCCCUAUAAAUCUCCUAACUCAAUCCUGCCUUUCCUCCCACCUUAAAUCCAAGAUAUUAGCCUACCUCCUUUUUUUCCACAAUGUCGAGACUAAUAGGUCUGGCCAUCCUCCUGGUCACCAUUUCCAUGUCGGUUCCAACCCCAUUAUCCGCCCACGACCAACCACCGGUCAGCUGGGCCAAACGGCUCGACUCGGGAACCGGCCCGGACACCGUAACCAACCUCCAGUUCUACUUCCACGACAUCCCCAGCGGCAGCAACCCGACCGCCGUCGAGGUCGUCAAGCCGGUCGCCACCGCGUCCCACUCCAACCCCUUCUUCGGCGAAGUCGUCAUCGUCGACGACCCGCUGACGUUAACCGCCGACGUGGGCUCGAAGCUGGUGGGCCGGGCCCAAGGGAUGUACACGGCCUCCAGCCAGAACGAGCCCGCGAUCAGCAUGUCCAUGAGCUUCGGGUUCGUUGACGGGCCCUACGACGGCAGCUCCCUGAUCGUCAUGGGCAAGAACAUGUACAUGAGCCCGGCCCGGGAGGUUCCCGUCGUCGGCGGCACGGGGCUGUUCAGGAUGGCGCGUGGAUACGCGGUGGUGAAGUCGGUCACGCUGAACUCCACCAGCGGAGUUGCUGUUGUGAGUUAUAACGUUACGGUGUAUACUCCGGCUGCCGGUGCAUAUUGACAAGUCUAGCUAGUCGGCUGCGACUCCGAUGACGACUAAAGCGUUGAAUUCUUCUUCUUCUUCCACCACGAUGAUGGCUGUGGUUGCAGCUGCCGCAUUCCUUUAAUUUUGUUUUGUUACUCACUUAUGAGGGAUGUUAUGUUUUUAAGUGGUUGUUAGUUUUCGUGAUUUGGAACUAAUAUGGGAUGGAUGUUAAUGUUGUCGUUUCUAUAUUGUUUUAUCAAUUGGGAUGUUUUGUUUUUUAAGUCUUGUUUUGGUUUGUGUUUUUUCUUCUUUGUUAAUCCUAAUAUCAAAAUAAGAGAGUAAUUGAUAAACAAUUGCUUCUUCCUUGUACUCUUAGAGCAUCCAUAUUAGAAUUGCAUUUGGAAUUAUAUUAUGACGUGGCAUUAAUGUAAUUGCAUUGAUGUAGAGGACAAUUGCAUCUUUGCAAACUUGCAUAUAAUGCAAUUAUGGAAUGCAAGCCACUUCAUAUUUUUUAUUAUUAAAUCAUUCAUUAAUUUUAUUAUUUGAGUGUUUGCGUUUUAAUAAAUUAAAUUAAAAAAAUUAGUUGCAAUUGCAAGUCAAUUGCAUUGAUGUGGUGCAAUGAAAGUAAGAUGAGUUGGAUUGCAAAAAAAAUGAAGUAACAAUAAAAAACACAAAUGCAACUGUACCAAUGGAGAUGCCCUUAUUAACUUACUCGUUCUUACAAGUAAGGAAAAGAGAUGGAGAGACCAUUACCCACAAUGAUACACGGCGGCGGAUCCAGAACAGGUUAGCAGCACUGGGCCGCAUUUAAAAAGCGGUGGAGAGGGCUAGGCCGUAACCCUAUAAACAUUGAAAUAUAUACCCAAAAUCGAAAAUUUACAAGUACUAUACGAGCUUUGGAUCCGGGGAGGACUGGGUCGUGACCCUGGUGCGGUCCCCCUAGAUCCGCCACUGAUGAUACAACAAGAUUCAAUUCUGAUAUCGGUCGGUCGCUGAACUCAUCGCCUUCAAUAACAGUAGAGCUAUACCACUGUAGCCAAUUCACACCUAUGUUACUACUUACUAGGACACGAAGCCCUACUUUUUCGACAGUAAUAAAAAAACGUAAUCGUAUCUGAGCUAUUACAAACGUUUUUUAUUCGCGUAUAAUUGUACACAUUUUACCCCUCAUUUUUUGAUAGUUUGACAUUGCAUUCCGUCGUCCCUCGACAUAUUUUACGCUAGGUUGUUCUUGUUUUGUCAUAUUUCGAGUCCUAGCACGUGUAGAAAGGUCGAUGACGAGAUUCAGGACGAUUGGAGUCGAAACGGGCCAAAAAGUGAAGAAAACAUAUGUAAUGAUAAGAUUAAAUCAUUUUGUCAAAAAAAAAAAAUUAAAUCAUUUUUGGGUUCACUUUGAGUUAGAAUGCAUGUAUUAUCUUUUUGUUAGACCCACCUAUAAUCACUCAAAAUGAAUGAUUAUAAAUCUCUACCAAAAGGUGAGAUUGUUAACAAUGGAUUGUCUACUCUACUUUUUAUUUCAUUAUUGCUUCUCCAAACAAAGUAUUUUGCUAAUACAUGCAUUGAAACAAUGUAUCAAAUAAUAAUCCACAAAUUGAACAAAUACACUUAUUUGGAGAAUCUCAACCUCCAAACAUGCCGUUAAAAUUCACAGGCAGCUCGAUGGAGGAAAAUGAGAGGGUGGUCACUGCAUGAAUGGCACUGGGUUGUCGUAGCCCAACGUGGCAUUAAAGAAAAAAAAGCCCAACCAACCCGGUAUUAGAAUACUAUAAUGGGCCUUCCACAAGGGCCAGGCCCCAAGUAGCAUAGAUAAUAAAAAAUAAAAUAGAUAACCCCAC